AGCGAAUACUAUCAACGGGGUAUGACGGAUGUCUUACGUUUUUUAUCAGGGAAAUCCUCACUAACGUCCUCAGAAAAUGAGGAAAGAGGGCGAGGAAAGAGGAAGGCGGUGAAGAAUCGUAGAUUUGAAAAUAUGGUGAAUAAUGUCGAGGAAGCUGAGGAUGAGGAUGAGGAGGAGGAGGAGGAGGAGGAGGUAUCAGUUUCAUUUAUGCAAGAAUCUCCACUUCGAAGAGUCCGCUCAUCCCCAAGUUCGAGUUCUCCUAUUUCUCAAAAAAGUUCCUCCAGUUCCCAUAGUCCACCAGUUCUGGAACCACUCCUCAAAAAGAAGCGGUGCGAAAAGGUGUUUGAGGAAUCUAAAGGGUGUUGCCGAGUGGGCAAGAACAAAAAACAUUCCUGUCCCUUUGAUGGAAGUGAGGUGGGAUUCGAACAGCUGGCACAUACAAUGUGCACUUUAUCAAGAGAAAUAAAAAAAAUGAAUACCAACUUGUUCUACUUGAGGGAAACGCAAAACGAGCUUGUGAAAUCUGUUGAAGUUCUAAGAACUGCGCAGGAAAGCCGUGCAGAUGUGAAUAUGCCAAGCCUGCACUACCCCCCAGAGGGAAUAAUUGAGGAUUUUCCUGCUUCAACUAUGGAGAGUUUGCAGAAAAUUGAACGAAAACUCAUGGAAAGGAGUUUCCUAAUCAGAUGUGUGACAUAUGUCGCGUCAUGCGCCGACAAAACCUCAGAAGGGCGCACAAUCACAAGCAUAAUGGGGAAGCUGGUGACGCUCGACGUAGCCGUUAACUUUUCUUGGAAGGGAGUGCAACGGAAGGAUCAUAAAAUAGGCCUAGAGAAGAAACCAUUCAAGAAUCUGCUAAUAGCCAAAGUUAUGAUUGCUGCUACAAAACGGUGCUGGCCAAAAUCAGAAUCAAAGCAGGUCCAAUUGAAAGCGGCUACAUGGCUUGCACAAGCACAAUCGAAGUUGGACAAAAUGAAUCAGCCAUCAACACCAGCUACCUACAACAACAAUAAUCAACAUCGAUUGUGAAGAUGAACCUGUCGAAUAGAUAAGAAUAUAGUACAUAGUAGUAACAGAAAAGAUAAUAGUGACAUCAUAAACAAUACAUUAGUAAUUGAUUAUAA